CCAUAUUCAAACUCUAAUCUACAUUCUUUCUUUUCCUCUUCUUCCUUUUUUUUUUUUAACUUCAUUUUCAUCUUAUUAGAUAAGAGAGGUAUUAUUCAAUUAAUUUUUUCAAAAUCACAAAAAUGAAAGACGUUGCAGGCAACCCUUUACGUCUUAAAUCAGUGAAUCAUAUCUCUCUUAUCUGCAAAUCGUUGGAUGAAUCUAUCAACUUCUACCAAAAUAUUCUUGGUUUCAUUCCCAUUAGAAGGCCUGGAUCAUUUGAUUUUGAAGGGGCAUGGCUAUUUGGCUAUGGAAUUGGAAUUCACCUUCUUCAGACUAAAGCCGCUGAAAAUAUUCCAAUGAAGAAGGAAAUUAAUCCAAAAGAUAAUCAUAUAUCAUUCCAGUGUGAAAAUAUGGGAAUAGUACAAAAAUGUUUGGAGGAGAUGAAGAUUGAUUAUGCUCGUGCAUUGGUGGAAGAAAAUGGAGCUAAAGUUGAUCAGAUGUUUUUUCAUGACCCAGAUGGAUUCAUGAUUGAGAUAUGCAAUUGUGAUAAUAUUCCUAUUAUUCCAUUAGCCGGAGACAUGGCUAGAUCAUGCUCAAGACUCAAUCUUGAUAUUAUGCAACAACAAAUGCAACAAGUUGUCAACCAAAUUUGAUCAUGAGAACUUUGAGUUGGGGAAUUAGAAAGACAAGUUAAUUAAAUAUUAAUGUUAUGUAUGACUUAUGAGUGAGUCUUUCUUUUUUUAGUUUAUGUAUGUAUUCUAUUUGUUAAUAUGUUACUUUCUUAUGGAUGUAAUAGAAUCCAUUGUAAAAGUAAUGAAUUUAUAUAAUAUAUUAUUAUUUUAAAUUA